CUCUCUGUCUCUAAUUGGUCAGCCUCUACAGGAUUACACGAGUUUCCUCAAUUGAACACAGAGAAGUUAAACGCUCGGACAUCCUGCUGCAGACUCUCGUGCUUUUGGCUGAAAAAAGGGGAAAAAAGCUCGACCACAGUUACUUUUCAACGCCAGUCGAUCAGAUAUGUGUAAAUGACAUUAGUCGACAGGUCUGCGCUGUGAUAACGAGAUUACAUAUUUUCUGUGCUGAUUUUUGCUGCUGCAACACUAAUCACAAAUGUGGUUGUUAAACACACGCCCGCAUUUCGGAGAAGCUGCCUGUCAAUUUACUUUAGUUUAGACCACAAGUCGUCAUGAUGACUCGGAUUUUCUGGGAUACAAUUUUCCUCAUAAGCGGUACUUUUAGUAUGUCUGUGAUACUCAAGGGUUCCCUCUUUACAUUUGGAGCAGGACCGAGCAAUUCCACAAUUAUUGAAGCCAGCUUUUCCAUCGAUACAAACUCCACUGCUGCCCCGAACACCUCAACAAGCAGCUCUGCAACAACCAGCAGCAGAAGCACAACUAUCACAACUAUCACACCUGCUACAACAACUACCAUCGCUCCAGUUGAUAGUUCCCUCUUUACAUAUGGGGCAGGACUGAGCAAUACGACAAUUAUUGAAGCCAGCUUUUUCAUCGAUAUAAACUCCACUGCUUCUCCAAACACCUCAACAAGCAGCUCUGCAACAACCAGCAGCACAAACACAACUUCCACAACUAUCAUACCUGCUACAACAACUACCAUCCCUCCAGUUAAAAAGUUUGUGGCAGCAGCUGUUCGCUCUCAUUUCGAUGACUGUCCGGACUCCCAUCGCCAUUUCUGCUUCCACGGCACAUGUCGCUUCCUGAUAUUAGAGGAGACGCCUGCAUGUGUGUGUCACCCGGGCUUUGUUGGGAUGAGGUGUGAGCAUGCAGACCUGCUUGCUGUAGUAGCAACUAAUCACAGACAGCAGACCGUUGCCACAGUGCUGGUGUUGUGUGUGAUUGGUUGUGUGCUCAUCAUGGUGUUGUGUACACUUUUACAUUGCUGGUGGAGGCAGGACUGUCGCAGGCGGAGCCACGCACAUCACUACGUACCAGAGAAGCACGGAGCAUCCUGCCAUCCUUCUGAGAGCGUGGUUUGAGAAGACAUCUUGCUGGAAUGUGAGCUGUUUGCAUCAUGGCGUGUUUAGUUUUCCUCAUCUCUCGGGCCCACAAAUCCUCAGGAUUGCAUCCAAAGACCUGGCCAGAGGCGAAGAAGCAUUAUCGUCAACGUGGCUAAGGUAGGCCUGCUGGAUGUGGGAGGAUAACCGUUCCAUGACAUUUUUUUUUUCCCACUGACUGGGCCUUUUGACCUGCAGCACCUUAGGAACGUGUUUACUUCACUCUUUGAAUCUGUGGAAUUACACGCAAGCACUGCAACAGCCUGUUUGAAGCUCUCAGGGUGAAGCUGCCGCCUACAUAAGAAGAGCUCCGAGUGUCCAGAUUACAGUUCAUGGCCUAGAGGACACAGGAAUGAUCUAUGAGGCCAUUAAUCAUCCUGUGUGGAUGUUUCAUAGGAAUGGUGUUUAUUUUGGGCUGCGGGACAACAAUAAUUAAUUUCAGUCAGAAAACCACCAAUUCCUAUUUUUGUCUUUUAAUAACUUUGAGCACUUUUCAUCAGAACUCUACAAGCACAUUUAUAAGAAAUGAAGGUGGGGGAAAACUGAUGCUUUAAAGUUUUAGUGUCUGUUUUUAAAGAAGGAACUCACUUCACCUGACAGGAGUAGGAAUUGUCAUAUGGACUGACUGCUAGUGGAUUAAAAACCCUGGACUUCAAUCGGUAAUUAUACAGAACUGAAAAUUGUUUCAAUGAUUUGAUGACUCCAGCAUUGCUACUGAAGCUGAAAUAUUUGUUUUAUUUUUUAUUCCUGAGCUGUACUUGAACGUGUUCAUGCAUCAGAGGUGUUUUUUAAUUUGCAAGCUAUAACUGCACCACCGUCCUAUUGUAUUGUUGCACUUUUCUGCAAGCUUGCUCAAUGUUCAUAAAGAACUGCUCUUACUGUACAAUGUAGUCACUUGAAAAAGUGGCCACAUAAUGAGAGAUGCCAAAUACACUUUCUAACUUUGCCUGAAUGAGCACUGAAGGGAAGAGGCAUGCAGUUUGUACACAUCCACCUAAAGCAUGCACGCUCUUAAAUCUUUUAAAGAACACAAAACACUUUUUUUAUUUCAAGAGUGGCGUGUUAUAGCAUUGCGUCUGCUUUGAAUUUAAAUGCUUAUAAAGAGAGAAAGCGCCUCUGAAGGUUAAUUUAAAACAAAAUAUUUAAGAUUUUCUUUAAAAAACUGGAAUAAUAAUAAUCAGUGAGAGAAUACAAAAGUGUGUACGCGUUUGUGUGAGAAGAAAAAACAACUUUAAAAUGAAUGUGAUGGUAUUUAUAUGCCAAAUAAAAAGAGGGGAUGUUACACUUGUCUUUGUUUACAUUUUGCGAUGAUAUUUACAUUCAGAAUAUGUGUUUGUGUAAAUAUAAAAAAGACCGAAAUAUUCAAUGUGUAAAUAUACAUAUAUAUGGUGUCAGUAUAAAUUCAUCUGAAAAGUGAUCUUAUGCAUUAACCCUUUACUUGUUCAGAUUUAUGUUUUUGCAAUUGGAAAGCCUCUAUUAUCUGCUUUUGCUUUCCAAUGAAGAAUUAAAACUGCAAGUGUGUAUGUGUGAAUAUUUUUUUUAUUUAUUUAUGUGCUUAUUAACUGCUGCUCCAUCUUUCGAGUCAGUAAGCUGAUCCAUCGCGUGACCUUCUUUUCACUUCUGAAGCUCUUUCAUUUUUUUCUCUCUCUCUCUCUUCAAAUUCCCCCGAUUCUCUGUCCCUCUGCUUCUUUAUUUUUCUCUUCCACUGAAUAUUUCAAGACACAGAAAUGGCAACAUGAAUCCCUGAACCCCGGGCACAAUUGAACAAAGAGCCGAACUCUUGAGUGCUUUUCAUAGCUGAAGGAAAUGUUUCAGCCCUCUUCUAUAUUGCCAUUCAGUUUAUUUAUUUGUCUUUUUGU